AUGUCCUACUAUGAUAUUGACUCAAUCUUGACCGACGCACAAAAACUGCCCUGUACAUUCGAGCUCGAGGUACCAGGGCUGGGAAUCCUCGAGGGCAACCCAGGCGAAGAUAUCAAAGCCGGAACCCGGAUUGAUCUACCAUUAUGGCUUGGUGAAAUGCUCUCGAUCGGAGCACGGCUGGGCACAUCCCGUCUAGUCACGCUCGACAUGCCCGAAGCGCUCUCAGAGCGGGUGAUGAAUGCACUAAAGGCAGACCCCCGCACGAUCGACCUGCGCGCAUUAGCACCGCAUUUCUACAAUCUCAGCGAACGCAUUCUCGAACUCUUCGAAGAAGAAGAGAUGGUCGAGGUUCUCGGCGAUACAUUCAAGAAACGGGCGGCAGAGAUUGCAGACCACGCGCACAAUUCACGUGGUGCGGUUGGUGAUGGAGUUGAUUUCCUUCGUGGUUUGGAUGAGACUGAGCGACAAUUGUUCCGGGCUGCUCAUGAUCGAGCUAAGGAUAUGCGGAUUUGGUCUGGAGAGGCGAAGCGGAAAUGA